UCCUAUUAUUACCCUUACUCAGCCCUGAACCGUAAAUAGCAAUAAUUGCCUCUCUCUCUCUCUCCUCUCUCUGUGUCAGAACCCCAAAGUUCACCGACUUCUCUUUCUCUCAGCAAGAUUUCCUAAUCAGGUCGAGACGCAAUGACUCGCGGUAAUCAGAGGGAUCGUGAUCGCGAAAGAGCUGCGGCUCGAACCGGUGGUAAGGGCAAGAACAAAGACGAUGGGUUGACCCCUGAACAACGCCGUGAAAGAGAUGCGAAAGCGCUUCAAGAAAAGAAUGCGAAGAAGGCACAGGGGGCAUCUGGGGGCGAUGCUGGAGGUAAAAGCAACAAGAAAUAACGAAAUUAAUGGUUUUUUUAAUUUGUGUUUAGUUUGAAUUCUAUCUUUCAUAUCGAGGCUUUGUGGGUCUUUGUGAAUCUGUAUCGUAAAUGUCUUUCUGCGAUUUGUAUCUUCUGAUGCAAAGGAACAGUCCAUGUUUUGUAUAAGAUGCCAUGUUGGCUGUCAUUUGAAUAGAUAUUUGAUAUAUGAAUUUGUUCUUUUCUUGCUAAA